UGGCUCAGAUUGUUUGGAAUUUUGUCAGUUUCUAUUUUUCUUUUCAGGAUUCACCAGUAAAGAGACUGAAUCCGACUCUAGUUCUGCUGCAGCGAUGAAGGCGGCAGGAGGUGGGUAGAGCAGAAUAUAGCUCUGCUCCUCUUUAUCUAACAUGCACACUGGCCCAUUGCAGCCAAAGGUGUUCUGUUCUCACAGGACCAGUGGGGCCCCUAUUUGCUCUUUCUUCCCAACAAUCACAAUGCUAUACAAGUGGGUGGCCUCAAAGUCCUGUUGAUUCAUGCUGUGCUUUCACUUCUUGUCCCAAGCUCCUAUUUGUACAGCUAUUAGCCAGCUGCUGUGUCCCACCCCAGAGUUGGCUGCCUGUAUAUUCCUUGAAAGCAAUUGACAUGGAAAGGGCUGGGGAAAGAUGACAGUAUGUUAAUAAUUCAUCCCUCCCCAGGGAUCAUCUGUCAACAGACUCUCCUACCCUCCAUUGGUUCUGUGGCAGGAGCUGCAGGUGAGACCAGCCGGCGUCAGAGUCUCACUGCCUUCCUCAGGGGACAGCACAAAUGUAACUGGUGUGCCAGAGAGGAGGAGGAUCUUCCAGAAGAAAUAAAACCAGAGAUUAUUCCAGACUUAGAUGGGAACCAGGAAAUGUACAGGGUUCAUUUCCCUAAAGCAGGCUGGUUCUGCUGCCCUGAAACUGAACUGGAGUUCGAGGUGAGGGCAGCAGUAACUAUCCAAUAUGGAUACAGCUCCUGGAGGCAGCAUCUGACUGAAUUGCAGGAGAAGCAAUGGAUGGUGGCCGGCCCUUUGUUUGACAUCAGAGUGGAACCAACUGAGGCUGUGGCAGCCAUUCACCUCCCGCACUUCCUGUGUCUCAGAGAUGCCGACAAUUCCCGGAUGCAGAUUGCCCGUUUCAUCGAUGAGGGGAUGAUCCUGGAGAACCCAAAGCAGGUGAGGUCGUUCCAUGCUGUGCUGGAGAACCCCAGCUUCUCUCUGAUUGGACUGUUUUGGAGGAGGGAGAAUUCUCAUCAGCGAACUCAGGUCCAUUCCACUGUACUUCUCUACCAGGCACGAAAGACAGUAAAUCUAACCCUUCACCUCUACCUGAUACCCGAUGAUGGCUCACGGGUCAAGGCAGUUGAGGUCUAUGAAGAGAAGUGCCGGUCAUGGUUUGUUUCUAAGUCUCAUUUCACCCCAGAACCCUUGUGCUUUGGCUCUUGCUGCAUUGUGUCCAGUCUAUCGGCGAUAACGGUAACACCCAAAGAACUGCCAUUUUUGGAUAAACCUGCAGAAGCUUUUCAACCAUUCACAGAGAUCCACACCACAGGUUUGAAGAAGGAGCUGAAGCUCACCCUGGCAGAGAAAAAUGAUAGGAAGCAGAUCUGGGAGGCUGUUAUCAGACCAGAGGACUUGAUGCCUUCUGUUUCAUCCACUGAGAUGCGAACAGACAAACAUUUUGUCGACCAGCAUCGAGAACAGCUAAUCCAGGGGGUGAUAUCAGUGGAUGGCAUCCUGGAUAAAUUGCAUGGCUCUGUUGUAGAUGAAGAGCAAUAUCAGAUGGUGAUAUCUGGGAGCACCAACCCGGAGAAGAUGCGGAAGCUGUACAAAUUGGUGCCGAGCUGGAACACAGACUGCAAAGACAAGCUCUACCAGGCUCUGAAGGACACAGACAGAUACCUGGUUAAAAAGCUUGAGGGGAAAUAG